AUGGAAAGUUGCACGAAAAGCAAAGAUAGGAUGAAUGAAGAACACGAGUUUAACGAAACUAAAGAAAUUGAGAGUAGUUUUUGUGGUUUAUUUUUAAGUAAUGAAGCUGCCAGUAGGAAAAAAUUCUUACCACGAAGAAGUAAGGAGUUAGCAUUUAUUUCAACUGAACCGGAACAUUUUAAGUUCUCAGAAUUAACUGCAUCUCAAGAAGCAGAAAGAGGAAAUGCUCAAAUUGAAAGCUGCCAUCGGAAAAGAUUGUUCGAAUUGCUGCCAGUAGAAACAUUUGUUUUCAGAAAUGCUAUGUUGUACUCGUUUGGUGUCUAUACAACGAUCGGUUAUGGAAAUCUAUUCCCACGCACUGUACAAGGUCGUAUAUUGACUGUAGUAUAUGCUGUUGUUGGUAUCCCGUUGAAUGUGGCAUUUAUCUCAGAUCUUGGAGAACUGGUAUCUCGAACAGUAAAACGUGCUCUACAUUGUUUUCAACGACGUAUUUUAAAUAAGUAA